AUGGGUUCCGGGAGGGGACCAGAGCACAGGUGGGGUGGGCGGAUAAGGCUCUCGCCGCAUCCCGGGCAGCGCCCCCGCUCGGCGUCCGGCACGGAACUGGUGCGGGGCUGGGCCGGCCCGGAGGAGCCGGAGGGGCGGGGCCGCCGCGCCAGCUCCCCUCCCCGGCGCCCGUCGCCUUCUCCUCCUCGCGCUUCCCGGGCUCAGAGCGGCGGCAGCAGCGGCCGCGGCAACAGCUUUGGCUCCGGCUCCUCCCGCUCCCGCUCCGGCCCCGCUCGGCUCCACGCGCCCGGGCCCCGCGCCCCGACCCCGCCGCCGCGCCUGCCGGGGGCCUCGGGUGCCCCCGCCGCCCGCCUCACGCUGAAGUUCCUGGCCGUGCUGCUGGCCGCGGGCAUGCUGGCGUUCCUCGGUGCCGUCAUCUGCAUCAUCGCCAGCGUGCCCCUGGCGGCCAGCCCGGCGCGGGCGCUGCCCGGUGGCGCCGACAACGCCUCGGGCGCCGCCGCGUCCCCGGGCCCGCAGCGCAGCCUGAGCGCGCUGCACGGCGCGGGCGGCUCGGCCGGGCCCCCAGCGCUGCCCGGGGCUCCGGCGGCCAGCGCGCACCCGCUGCAGCCCGUGCCCCUCUUCAGCCGCUUCCUGUGCACGCCGCUGGCGGCUGCUUGCCCGUCGGGGGCCGAGCAGGGGGACGCGGCGCCGAGCGAGCGCGAGGAGCUGCUGCUGCUGCAGAGCACGGCCGAGCAGCUACGCCAGACGGCGCUGCAGCAGGAAGCGCGCAUCCGCGCCGACCAGGACACCAUCCGCGAGCUCACCGGCAAGCUGGGCCGCUGCGAGAGCGGCCUGCCGCGCGGCCUCCAGGACGCCGGGCCCCGCCGCGACGCCAUGGCCGACGGGCCCUGGGACUCGCCCACGCUCAUCCUCGAGCUGGAGGACGCCGUGCGCGCCCUCCGGGACCGUAUCGACCGCAUCGAGCAGGAGCUUCCAGCCCGGGUGAACUUCUCAGCGGCCCCAGCCCCCGCGCCCGUGGUGCCCACCACCCUGCAUUCCAAGAUGGAUGAGCUGGAGGGGCAGCUGCUGGCCAAGGUGCUGGCGCUGGAGAAGGAGCGCGUGGCCCUCGGGCACAGCAGCCAGCAGCAGCGGCAGGAGGUGGAGAAAGAGCUGGACGCCCUGCAGGACCGUGUAGCGGAACUGGAGCACGGGUCCUCAGCCUACAGCCCCCCAGAUGCCUUCAAGAUCAGCAUCCCUAUCCGCAACAACUACAUGUACGCCCGCGUGCGGAAGGCACUGCCCGAGCUCUACGCCUUCAGCGUCUGCAUGUGGCUGCGGUCCAGGUCGGGCGGCAGCGGCCAGGGCACCCCCUUCUCCUACUCGGUGCCUGGGCAGGCCAACGAGAUUGUGCUGCUGGAGGCAGGCGACGACCCCAUGGAGCUGCUGAUCAAUGACAAGGUGGCCCAGCUGCCCCUGAGCCUGAAGGACAAUGGCUGGCACCACAUCUGCCUCUCCUGGACCACAAGGGACGGCCUGUGGUCUGCCUACCAGGAUGGAGAGCUGCGGGGCUCCGGUGAGAACCUAGCCGCCUGGCACCCCAUCAAGCCUCAUGGGAUCCUUAUCCUGGGCCAAGAGCAGGAUACCCUCGGUGGCCGGUUUGAUGCCACCCAGGCCUUCGUGGGCGACAUUGCCCAAUUUAACCUCUGGGACCACACCCUGACACCUGCCCAGGUCCUGGGCAUUGCCAACUGUACGGGGCCGCUGCUGGGCAACAUCAUCCCCUGGGAAGACAAGCUGGUGGAGGCCUUUGGGGGUGCAACGAAGGCCGCCUUUGAUGUCUGCAAGGGACGGGCCAAGGCAUGAGAGACCACCUCGUCCAGGGCCCCUCCCUUGCCUGCCAAUUCGGGGGCCUUCCGGGGUAGGGUCACAUUGCUUCCUCAGCCUACCCACAUACUGGCCUCCUUUCUUGCCCCACUCCUGGCCACGCCUCCCAUUUCCACCACCUAUACCCACACCUCCACAACGCCCUGCCCUUGAUGGCCGUCCCCUAAUCCCACUCGGAUGAGGACAAGCAGCUCAAGUCAACAGCUCAAGCCUGGGGUGAGUCCAGGGCCUGGCAGUGGGUGCGUAGCAGUGCCCACGGCUCUCCCCCCCCCACCCCCGCUGGCAUGAGAGUGGAGCCAUCUCUCACCUCCCACCCCACCCUGUCCACCACAGCUGAUUCCACUGAUCUCACAGCUCCUGCCAUGAGUUCGUGUAUGCGCGACGGGCCCACUGUCUCAGCGGCAAGGUUGGUUAUCUGCCCUCUCGUCCCCCGUGCAACAGGCCUGUCCCCUUCCUCUUCAGGGCCAUAACAGGCUAUAGAGCUGUCCCCCAGCUGAGAGGGAAAGACAGAACCAUGGGAGACUCCAAUUCAGCCCUCCUUUAUCUUUCUGCCAGCUGCCGGUCAAGGCCAGUGGGAUCUUGAUGGAGCCUCCCCCCCCCAUCUACACCCCUCUCUUCCUCCUCUUUCCUUGUUUCUUCGUGUGCAGUGGUUUGAAUGUUGGUUCCAUGCCUGGCCCAGCCCCACCUCAAUUUCCAGGACACUCCCUUCCCCGCUCCAGCCUGGAGGGUUAGGGACCAAGACUCCGGGAGGCCAAAGGGCCAUCGUCACCCCUUGCGCCCAUCCACAGCUGUGCCCACUGGCAUGGUCACCUCUCCCCUUCUGCAGCCAGGACAGGGCCUGGGCCACUUCAGCCUGGGCUGGGGACAGCAUGGAACAGAGGCACAUUCCCCAGGGGACCCACAACAGCUACCCGCUCUGCAUGGCCCUGCAGCCUUGGGGGAGGAAAGAAGGAGCCGGGAGGGUAGGGAGGAGCAUGGAGUAGUGUGCAGAGCACUGGAUGAGGAGGGGGAGCCCUUGGUCCCUGGUCAGCCCUGCUGCUA